CUUCAGUCCAAUGGAGAAGCAGAGAGCUGUUUUUCCUGGAUACCACACUCCAGGUCUGUCGCACAGACUCAAGACAGACACAGUGAGAGGGAGGUCGCGAGGUUUGGACUAUGGGUGUCUAUGCAAGUUAUUUCCACAAGAGCGAAGGACAAAUGCUUAUAGACCUGACAGAUCCUUCUCAGGCAAACUGGAUUACAACACACGCGGAGGCCUGCAAAAUGACGGUCCCAGAGGUGCAGAGAUGCUGGAGCCGAUUCCUCAUGCUGCGGCCGGAUCAGAAGGGAAACGUGUCUCGAGCUCAGCUUGCCAGUGUGACAGAUACAUUUGGCCACAAGUUGCUGGAUCAAGUUCCUCUUGCAGAUGAAGACCGGAUAACAUUCCAAGCCUAUUGUAAUGCUGUGUGCUGGCUGUCGAAGAGCCCUCUGGAAACCAGACUUAAAGGAUUAUUUCAGACCAUAACGUCUGGCACCAUCGGCAAGGAACAGCUGCAGUCUCUGCUGCAGAACCUGUACCCCAGAGAAGACCCAAAGACCAUUCAGGAACUUGGCACUCUUUACCUCAGUGAAGUGGAUAAAAGCAAUCAAGGUUAUAUUGAUGAAGAUCAGUUUGUGGCUUGGAUGCAGACCCUUCCACAACAUAUGUUAACAUCAGUGAUGCAUUUUCCAAUAAUACCAUCAAACAUCACUCUUCUUAAGGAAUUACAGCCAUCUUUUCCUACUGCAGCUGUGGAUUUCAAGGACCAAUCAGGGUUGGAUGACAAGCAGCUCCUGAGGGUUGCAGUGGAGAUGUCCCUUAAACGCAGAGACUGGAAGCUCUUAGCAAACAACUUGGGCCUUGUGGAGAAGGACUGCUCCUGUCUGGAGCGGAAGCGUUUGGAUGUGAAGACCCAGAUCCUGGCAAUGUUGCAGAUUUGGCUAAGGACCUGUCAGGAAGCCCCCCUUCCUCUCCUGCAAACUGCGCUGAGACUCAGCGGCAACACAGACAUUUGCAAUGAAGUGUUCUCCUUAAACUUCUGAGGCUCUCGUGUGGGCAGCGUGCAAAUUAGAGACAAAUGCACACGUUGCACUUCAAAGAGCCAUCCUCCUUGGGAGAGCAAACAUUGGUGUUCAUUAAUUGUAAUGGGAAAGUGCAUCUAAGGGUAUGUCUUCACUACCGGCCGUAUUGGCGGGUAGCAAUCGAUUUAUCCGGGAUCGAUAUAUCGCGUCUCGUUAAGAUGCGAUAUAUCGAUCCCCGAAUGCGCUCACCGUCGAC